GAUACAUCUUCCUACUGGAAGCUUUCCAAGAAGAAUCCCCAUUUACCUACAUGCCUACCCACCUACCUACCUAGUACUCAUUUAUCUCUCUCGGUCUACAUCAGUGCGAAAGGCAACAUAGAUUUUUUUCUCGACUUUAGCUUUCUCUCUCUUGUAUCCUCAUCUGCCAUUGAAAAUUCCUCCAAACUCUACUUUUCACGAACCUAAAUCGAAGUUCUAGACAUUCACCAAAAACAAGUACCACUUGCAUCUAUAUCACCACUCUCACUCUUUUACCCCCCCCUGCUUUAUCGGUACCAGGAUGACUUCCCAUCGACGCUAAACAAAGGGCAAAUUAGGUACUUUUCGCAACCUCUGUUUUUCCUAAUAAUCAGUUUCACUCUUGAACAUGAGCUCGGAGAUUUCACCUCGUGCUGUACGUUUCACAGGCGGGGACGACAACCACAGGUUCGAUUCAUUAAAAUCUUCGGUGAUCAUGGAGCGCCCACAUGUCGAAACCAGCGACUCUGGAGGCUCUGGUUCUUCUGCAGAUUCCCACGACUUUGUCGAACAUUUAAGCCCGGAUGCUGCACACGACGCACAUCCCGAUGCCUUUCACCCUAUCGAUCCUCGACCCCAGAUGAAUAGUAUGAAUUCGAGCAUGCGUAGUCGAGGCAGCAAUUCAGAAACAAAUGGAGCGAUAUACAGCCGCGAAACUGCAUUCAGCCCUCCGCCACAGACUCCUUUGAAUGGCGCAACGGCCAGAUCUCAGAGGCCUACUGCACCAGCCCGAACUCCUUCGAGUACAUACGCGCCUGCGCGGCGACCUCCACAAGCUCCAUACAUGUCAAUUUCGGAUCGUCAUCGAUCCGGCUCAAACUCGAGAUUUAAUAGACAAGACCCAAGUGGCGCAUAUCGUGCGCAAGAAAGAGCUUAUGUGCAACGACUACGGCAAAAUGACCCACCCUUCGAAUAUUUCGCUGAACCUUACACACCUAGUCUUGGAUAUGGAACGGGAUCAGAUACUGAAGAGGAAUCCCCAUCAGAGUUACAAUUCGAUGGUGACCCCUUCGAUCAAGAGACUGUACUUUUCUACAACAACGAUGACAUACAACCUACUCAGGAAGACUUGAAAGAUCCCGCAAAUAGAGAACGUCUGGAAUGGCAUGGGAUGUUAGCAUCUGUGCUAACCGGAGACGUAGUUAGGCAAGAGAAGAAACGUUUAAUUGGUAAUUCGGAAAACAAAGCAGAAAACAUUGGCACCGAGAUCUGGCUUGGUAUACGAUCAAAGGUAUGCGGCAGAAGUCUAGGGGCCCAGCGACGAAUAUUAGAAGACACCCGGGCCAACCUUGACACCGUUCUAGAGGAAAUUAUUAAGUUUCAGGUGCAAGGUGAGAGUGAGGCUGGGAAGUCACCUAUUGAUCAAGUGCGGGGCAUAGUUGCAAAGAUUGAGAAGUGUGAAAGUCUAUACCCAUCUCGCACUGGCUUGGAAAUGGCGAAUAAACUGGCAGCGUCUACACAAUUCGCUGCUACCUGCGACGCCGUCAUAUCAUGGCACAAUACCACCGAACUUAUCAACAUUGAGCUUGCCAUCCUGCAAAACUGGGUAGGGAAUCCGGAACUCGACUUCACCAAAGUGAGACAGCGCUCACCUUCAGGACACGGACUCUCCGACGAAUCUUCAUUCAUUGACAGGUUGCUCAAGGAGGAUGGGUUAAGAUCUCUACAAGGCGAUAAAAGCAUACUUUUAGGUGUAUCUGAGGUUAUCAUGAAAGCAAAGAAUACAUUGAUUGAGAAUUCCGAAGGGUUUGCGAAACGCCAUUUACCUCCUUAUAUCGAAGAGUUACUCACUCUCAUAAACUUCCCGUCGCGCCUCAUUGAAGAGAUUAUCAAGGUUCGACUAAACUAUGCGAAGAAGAUGCGAGAAUCCACUCAGCAGAACACCAUGAUGGCCGAGCAAAUGAUUUCGCAGUUCAGAAUAUUACUGAAACUUGCCAUAUUAAUUAAGCAGGAGUACCUAACGAUUUCAAAUCCCGAGCCUGGGUGGGAUUUACCACCUUGUAUCGAUGAGUCUUUUGACCAAGUAGUUUUAGAUGCCCUUAAGUUUUACUUCAAGAUGCUCAAUUGGAAAUUGGGCGGAAACAAGAACACUUUUAAAGAAGCCGAAGUUCUUGAGCAAGAAUGGGACUUCUCUAACGAGAUCGGACGACAUCUACAAGGCGGUGAUGUUGAAGUGGCCGAGCAGUUUAGUUCUCUUACCCACAAGGCCUUCUUCCGGCUAAAUACCACUUUCGAAAGAGAAAUGGUGAGAAAGCCACAGGAAACAGCUUCUGAGAUGACGAAGCGUUACAAGCAGAGUCUAGACUCCGUUCGUGUGCGGCAGCGUAUGUUACAAAGAUUUUCCAGAGUUUUGAGUGAUCGCUUCGAAAACUCGACGGACUUCAGCAUUGCUAUGAAGCAGAGUGGUUUGCAAGAACUCUACUCAAGGCUUAUUGAAACUGGUCACUUCUUGGUGUAUACUGCGAGCAUCGAGCACGAUGGCAUCUUCCUCAUAGCCUCUCCAUCUUUGUACAAUCGACCCCAAGAUAUCCAGUCCAUUCUAGGAACCUGCUAUCACACUGAGGACAUACAAGAAGAUCCUAGCAAUCCUUAUAUAUUAAUUCUUCGCCCCGAGGUACCAAUAGGAUGGGAUGGUCGACAAGUCGAUUCGGCUUUGAUAAACAUCAACAUAGAUUUGAAAGUUGGCCAUCUUCGACUUAUUGCAGAUGGAUCACAAGCCAGAUUAUCAAAUGCUCGCAUUGCGUUUUUAGAUUCGAUCGGAAUUCAUCUUGAUAUGGUGGUUGAACAGAGAUCCCAUCUCAAGAAAGUUCACAUUAAAUUGACCGACAUUAAGAAAGUAGUGUAUAAGCUAUCGAACUUGAUAAUGGACAGCGUUGAAAUUGUUCGAAAACAAACAAAAGGGCUGGAGUGUCAAGAACUCAUCCAAACCUGUUUCAUCUUCGCUACCGAGUUUGGUCAGCGGUCUUUGCCUUAUAUGGAUCGAAACCGAAAGCAAAUGAACAACAUCAAACUCACAAAGAUUGCCCUUGAUUGGGUGAGCUUCAUUUGUGAUGACUGCGUUCCUACGGACCGUAAAACAUUCAGAUGGGCUGUACUUGCACUUGAAUUUGCAAUGGGUAUGACUCAAGGCCAACAUAUUCUAGCAUUAGGGGAAGAUGAGUAUACAAGACUUCGAUCCAAGGUCUCGGGAUGUAUGUCUCUACUAAUUUCACAUUUUGAUAUCAUGGGUGCAAGAUCAAACUUGGCCGCUCAAGCAGAGAAACAGCGGGUGGAGACCUUAAAUGGUCAAUUUAGGAAGAUGGAUAUCAGGGGAAUGGCUGACGAUGAGGAAUCAGCUGCUUUUGUUCUCAACCAGCGCCUUGAACUGAUAGCUGAUCUUGAUGAAGAACGAAAGGUUAUCGAGGCAGAAAGACAAGCUCUCGGCAGAGUUCUUGAAGAAAACAACGAAGCAGACCGAUCUCUCACGCAUCUUUCUGCUUCCCCAUCUAAUAUCAAUAUGCGCUGGCAACAAGGCAACUUUGUUGGAGGUGGUACCUUUGGAUCAGUGUACGCUGCGAUCAAUCUGGACUCUGGUCAUCUUAUGGCUGUGAAGGAGAUUCGUCUACAAGAUCCUAACCUUAUUCCCACAAUUGCUGCUCAGAUUGCCGAUGAGAUGCAUGUCUUAGAGGUUCUCGAUCACCCCAACGUGGUUUCAUAUCAUGGAAUUGAAGUCCAUCGCGACAAAGUCUAUAUUUUCAUGGAGUACUGUUCUGGCGGGUCACUUGCAGGUCUUCUGGAGCAUGGAAGAAUUGAAGACGAACAGGUUAUAAUGGUGUACGCUUUGCAACUUCUUGAAGGUCUAGCAUAUCUUCACGAAAGUGGCAUUGUUCAUCGUGACAUCAAACCAGAAAAUAUUCUUCUCGAUCACAACGGUGUGAUUAAAUACGUAGAUUUUGGCGCCGCAAAGGUUAUUGCUCGUCAAGGUAAAACACUUGUCACUGCGACUACAGCCAGUAUUGCCAAUAAAAACAAAUCCAUGACUGGAACCCCAAUGUACAUGUCGCCUGAAGUCAUCAAAGGAGAGAACCCAGGACGAGCUGGUUCAGUCGAUGUCUGGUCACUCGGCUGCGUUAUCCUUGAAAUGGCUACAGGUCGUCGACCCUGGACAUCUCUUGAUAACGAAUGGGCCAUCAUGUACAAUAUCGCCCAAGGCAAUCCUCCUCAAAUGCCAUCACCAGAUCAACUCAGCCCUCAGGGUAUUGAUUUCAUCAAGAAAUGCUUUAUCAGAGACCCCAAGAAACGUGCUUCAGCACCGGAGCUCUUACAACACGAAUGGAUUGUUGCAAUCAAGAGCCAGGUCUCUAUCGAGCCACAAACACCAAGCGAUAGUGGAAGCUCUCAGUCUAGUACCAGGGGGAGUUUCAUUAAUUGAGGUAUUAUAAGUUCUCGCUUUCUUCAACUAUUCUUGUCGGUGUUUACAGCACCUUUCUUCUACUUUUCAAACAAGAAAACUUUUCCUUUGUAUUUGCAUUUGUCAUUAUUGUUUUUUCGGUCGUUUGGGGGGAAAAGCGCAGCACAUGAAGCGUCUUUGGUGGGCAUUGGGUUUGGGCACAAUGGGUCGAAUUGGAACUAGAUGUAUAUGAGGGAUAUACAUAUACACGAGACUUUUUCAUCAGCGAUUGAGUUGGGAGUUGGUAUUUUUCGUAGCAUAUAUGUGUUUAUGAGGAAAGUUAGGCUUAACUUUCUAACGUCUAUUUGGUUGUGCGAACAUAAAUGUAGUGUUGAGUUGAUGUCCAGGGUUGCAAUGGAGAGGAAGCCGGAGGUUGAGAUGAGAAACUGGAUGGUCAGGUGUAAUACACGCAUGGAAGCAAAGGGCAGACUGAAUCUCGUUUCGAGGCGGCGAAGGGGUGAUGGCGGUACGCGGUCAGCAGAAGAUGAUAGAAGUUAACAUUGGAAAGCGUGGCCAGAACACGUCUCUUGUUGGAAGGAUGGAAGUGGGUGUGGAAACCUGUAGUAUAAUCAGAGCAAUAAUGAAACACGAUGAUAUCGCCGGUAUGACAGCAUACCAUUACAACAAUGUUCCAAUUUAUUUUCACCUGUCACAUCAUUGACCACCGCUCUCAAAAUCCACUCUGGGCCGGAUAUAACACUCCGCCGGAAAUAUACAUACCAGAUGCAUCGGACA